AUAUAGGUGCAAGCCCUACAGAUUAAAAGCCCAAGAGAAACAGAAGAAUGGACCCUUACCCAAAAUCGCAGAUCAAGAGAUUCAAGACUUCACAAGGGGAAACUGAAAAAGGAGAAAUAAAAAUAAAAUAGAAAUUGAAGCAACGAACCCUCGCGAGAAAUUUCUUCAUUCUUUCAGAGGUUCCUAAACGGGGAAAAGGGGAAAUUUUGAUUUUGAGAGCAAAUUUUCCCGGAAAAAUUGAAGGAGAUGCGAUUCUGGCGGUGUGGAUGGCCGUCCGAUGAGAGAUCGGCGAAGGAGGAUCAUCACUGUUGAUGGGAUUUGUCGAGUUACAAAUGACUUGGCAGCCGAGUCUACUCAGUGAAAAACGAAAGAAAGGCCCUCCUUUAGGCUUAAGAAACCUCGGCAACUCGUGUUACCUCAACAGCGUUCUUCAGUGUCUCACCUACACUCCACCGCUCGCCAAUUUCUGCCUCCGCUCCCAACACUCCUCCUCCUGCGACGCCUCCGCCUCCAAAAAGCCCCGCGACUGCCCUUUCUGUAUCCUUGAAGCCUGGAUUACACGCUCCUUAACCCUCGAUCUCACCCUUGACGCGCCUUCCAAGAUCCAAAGCUGUAUCAAAAUAUUCGCCGAGCACUUCCGCUUCGGCCGACAAGAGGAUGCCCACGAGUUCUUGAGGUACGUCAUCGAUGCUUGCCAUAAUACCUGUCUUCGUUUGAAGAAAUUGCGGCGACAGGGAAGUGAAGGAGGAGGAGAAGCAGUGAACGGCAAUACCGUAGUUAAGGAGAUCUUUGGGGGUGCUUUGCAAAGUCAGGUUAAGUGUUUGGGGUGUGGUGCGGAGUCAAAUAAAGUUGAUGAGAUUAUGGAUAUUAGUCUUGAUAUUUUGAAUAGUGGUUCACUUAAAGAAGCUAUGCAUAAGUUUUUUCAGCCUGAGGUUUUGGAUGGAAAUAAUAAGUACAAGUGUGACAAUUGUAAGAAAUUGGUGGCAGCAAGGAAGCAGCUGUCCAUACGUCAAGCGCCAAAUAUCCUUGUUAUUCAACUGAAGAGAUUUGAGGGAAUACUUGGUGCGAAGAUUGAUAGGCUCAUUACGUUUGAAGAAGUUUUGGUUCUUUCAAGCUUUAUGUCCAAAGCAAGCCAGGAUCCACAGCCAGUGUAUAACCUAUUUGGUACUAUUGUGCACUCAGGGUACUCACCAGAAUCUGGGCAUUACUAUGCAUAUAUUAAGGAUGCAAUGGGCAGGUGGUAUUGCUGCAAUGACUCCUUUGUCUCACUUUCAAACCUGCAGGAGGUCUUGUCUGAGAAGGUUUAUAUUCUUUUCUUCUCUCGUACUAACCAGAGGCCAGGGUCUUUCGGUACCACAGUUUCUUCCAAUGGAGCUAAACCACGUGAUUCUAAUGGAAGUGAGGCUCCCAAAAUAUUGAAAGCGGUUCAAUUGAAACCAGUCCAAACAAAACUUUGUGUUGAACAAUCUUCACAGAAGGAUAAGGUUGGAAAACCAUCUUCUAACUCACGUGUGAAAUUCAGUAUUUCUGAAAAGUCUGGUCUCAGAAAGCUUUCUGUUACGAGUAACGGAAAAGUUGGCUUACAUAAGACUCAGAACAUUGCCGUGAAUGGAGUUUCAAUGGAUUCAAUUCAAACGAAGAAGAAUGAGAGAGACACUUCAUCAUUGAUGAACAGGAAUGGUACAGACAAAACUAGAAAAGUUGAUGCUGUUGUUAGUGGAAAUGGCCCACAAGUUGCGUUGUCAAAUGGAAAUAAAUUAGAUUCUUUUGUAGUUAAUGGUACCAGGAGCAUGGCAGUCGGAGAGCAGAUUGAUACUGCUCUUAAUGAUGCCUGUGAUAACUCAGGGCAAAAGAAAAAUUCAGAAUGUUCUUUUGCUAUUUCAGGGCCAAAGAGGAAAAUAGAAGAUUCCUAUGAUUUUUCAGGGGCAAAGCGAAAACCAGAAGAUUCUUGUGAUGUCUCAGGGGCAAAGAGAAAAUAUGGAGAUUCCUCUAAUUCCUCAGGACCAAAGAGAAAAUCUGAAGAUUCCUGUAAUUUAUCAGGGCCAAAGAGAAAAUCAGAGGACUCUUCCGAUAACUCAGUUCCAACAACAAAAUUAAAAGACUCUUUUAACUCAGGGGGCAAUGGAAAAUUUAGAGACUCCUGUGAUGUCUCAGGGCUAAAGAAAACAGAAAACUCUGGUGAUUUCUCCAUGCCAGUGGGAAAAUCCUGUAUAUUGCUUUCCCAGGAUGAUCAAUCUCGUGCAAAAGUUGAAAAUAUGAAGGAAAUGCUGAAAAACAAAGCUUCUUCAGUUUUGCGAUCAUCUGGCUGGUACGUUGAUGUUUACAAUUUCAUGUAUUCGAGGAAGCAGUCAUAUGCACUGGAGACUGGAAGCACUCUGAGUGACAAUGAUUUGGAGAAGAAGCUGAUUGCAGAUGCGAAGCCAACCUUUAUUCCACAAAUUCCUGAGUCACUGAAAGAGGAAUUAAUUAAACGUCUCCAGUCUUUCAGCCAAACGAAACAAGAAUCUCCGGAUCCUUGAUCGGCAUCGCUGUCCUGUUGCGCGAAAACCUGGUGUAUAAUCUGUACUAGUAAUCAGUAUUGUAGCGAAAGACCAUUAUCAGGCGAAUGUCAGUCCUCUCUAGCAACUUCCAGCAAUAUUACCGGAAAUUUGCCUGUCGUGUUUCUCGAUGCCCUAUGAAUGAUUUUGCAAUGAAGCGCGGAGUUCAGAUAUUGUUGAGAGAUUCGAUCUUUGAGGGUUCGAAGUAAUUUUUUUUUUUUAAAUUUUCCGGCAAAGAAGUAAGGAUCUUAAUUCAUUUUGUAAGAUAUGCAUUUUUGGAUGAAGUGAUUUAGCAUAAAAAUCCUCAUUUUUUGUUUCUUAUUAUGGAUGCAUAACAAUGCUGUUUCUCCCAUAAAAAACCCGGUGUAAUGAGUUAAAAUCCUCUGAUUAUUGAUGUUUCCUUCUUUCACAUGACCUGCUUUUUUACCUGUUCAAGCCGGAUGCAUGGUUUUGAAUUUUAUUUUAUUAAUAAAAUGAUAUUUUCUGAAUUCAA